CAAUGUCAAAAUCGAAAACUAACCUAACUUGUUCAUACUUCAUUGUGUUGAUUUGAUUUGCUUGUUAUUGUCAUAGUAUUAUGUAUAAGCGUCGUUGAUACAAUUAAUUGUGUUGUGUUUACGAAACGAGCGCUCGAAAAGUGUUGGCAAACCGUUGAGUCAAGCCGCCAAACUGAUGCUGCCGAUGGAGGAAGACAGCAUGGCUUCAGGGGAAGGAGAGGAGGGUAGCGCAGCGCUACAUGCUCGCUUGGUGGCCCUUGUGCGUGCUGCCGGCGGCGAGCCGGAGGGGCGCAUAGGGGUAUGGAUGGAGCACUCAUACGCGCGCGCCAAGAGCGGUGCCGCCGUCCGCGAGUUAUUAGUGCGACCCCCGCCCACCGACCAGCCGCUCGACGUCGGCGGGCCCGAGCACUGCGACCCGGCGCGCAGUGACACACAGGAUCCCGAAGACGCGGACCCAGAGUGGGAGGCGCGUGUUCUGGCACUAGCCCCGAGCGCGAUGCACGCGCGAGCCGCGCGCGCCGCCUUCGAAGCGCUCCGAGCCUUCCGACUCGCUCGGCUGGCGUCAGACGGCCACGCCGACGCGAGUAUAAAGAGAGACCAGGCGCGGACAGCGUCGAGAGCUGUGCGCCGAGCGUUGGCACCACUAUGGGCUGCCCCUAAUGGUGGCAGCGGCGUCGCGCCAUGGCUCCACGGCGCCAUCUUGGCCCACGGGAGCCAUUCAGCGGCAGCUCUGUGGCGCGAGUUGACCGGCGAGUGGCGGCGAUCCAUUCCGCGUCUAGCGGCGCGGUUGAUGCCGCUGCCCGCUGCCCCUGUCCGCGACCCGCUGGCGCGCGUGGGCCCUCCGGUGGAGCCGGACACACCAGGUCCUUGGUUAGCGUGGGUGUGCGCGCUAGGCGCGGACCGCUGGGCGCGGCGGCUGCGCGCGCUGCUGCACGUGCGCGUGGUGUGCGCGGGAGCGGGCGCGGGCGCGGGAGCGGGCGCGGGCGCGGGAGCGGGCGCGGGCCCCGAGGCGAGCUGCUCCGCGCUCGUGGGCGCCGUGCGGGCCGCGCUGCUCGACGUACUGGCCGAGGCGGGGUCGCACCCGGUGGUGGUGGGCGGCGCGGGCGCGGGCGCGGCGCUGUGCGGCGCGCUGCUGGCGGGCGCGGGCGCGGCGGCCGACGGCGCGCUGGCCAACGUGCGCGCGCUGGCGCUGCUGGCGCCGCCGCUGCUCACCGCCGAGGGCGAGGCCACCCAUCUCAACCGGACCGAGAUGGAACUCCCGUUGCUAGUGGUGGCCGGGAGCGCCGGCGCGACGUGUCCGCGCAGCCUGGCCUGCGAGCUGGCGGGCGGCGGCGGCGCGGCGCGGCGCGUGCUGGUGGUGCGCGGCGCCGACGACGCGCUGCGCCUGCCCGCGCGGCUGCGGCGCCGGCUCGUGCCGCAGCACGCGCUCGACGCCGCCGUGGCGGAGGAGGUGGCUCGCUGGGCGCUGGCGGCCGCAGAGGGCGACGCGCUGCGCCGGCCGGCCAGGAAGAGUGCAGGUGCAGCUGAAGUGGUUGAGGACAGACAUACGACUAUGCAAAAUGCUCGCGGUUUGAUUCGCGAGAUCGAGCCUGCACCUGUCGCGGCAGAGAGCGCGCGAGCCGUACCGCGCGGGCCUCGGCGCUCGCUGGCCGCCGUGCCGGUGCCGCCGGUGCCGGUGCCGGUGGCGGUGGCGAGCGCGGCCGCGGUGGCCGAGCUGGACAUCAUGCAGCUGCCCAUCGUGUUCGCCGACGACGAGCCCGCGCCCGCCGCGCCGCCGCCGCCGCCGCCGCCGCCGCCGCCCCCACAGCGACACGCGGUGCCGAAACCGGCGGCAGGCGGUCCCAGUGUCACCGUCACAAGCGGACAUCCGAGGGGCGGGCGCGCACUGAACUACACGCGCGUGAUCGUGGCGAAGCGGCGCGGCGCCGCGCGGCCCGCCGCGCCGCGCCCCGUGCUGCUGCGCCGCACCGUGCGCCUGCUGCGCGACAACUGACCGCCUCACACCAACACACGCGAACGUUAGGUACCGACGCUACACAAAUAUACAAAUCGCGUGCCCGCAUAACUUUAACCACGCGUUUCUGAGGCCAACAGAAAGAAAAAAUGUAAUAUGAAUUUGAAAAUGUGUGGUUUUUCACAGAAUAAAUAAAUAAAUAUUAUAGGACAUUCUUACACAGAUUGGCUGAGGCCCACGGUAAGCUCAAGAAGGCUUGUGUUGUGGGUACUCAGACAACGAUAUAUAUAAUAUAUAAAUACUUAUAU